AUGGUCUUUCGAAGUUCAAAACUUAUGUUUGUUACUGUUUCAGUGGUGAAGAAGGCAAAGGCGAGAACCGUCGUCUUACGAUUGCUCAGCUCAGCUGGCACCGGUUUCUUUUAUACCACAACAAGAAGAAGAGCUCUACCGAAACUUCAAUUAAUGAAGUAUGAUCCGAUAGUUAACAAGCACGUCCUAUUUGUGGAAGGCAAGAAGUAA